AUGGCCAGAAGAAAAACCACUCGUACCAGCGUACUCGUUCGAGCCACCCGUGACCCGACCGCUCCCCAUGAAGAUCAAGGGCCAAUCCAACUUGUGGGUGAAACCGCGACCAAUACCGAGGGCGGAGUGGCCCCCCCUGUUGAUCAAGUCACCGAAUCUCAGUUGCGUUCAAACGUCUUGGCCCCCCGCGGAUCCACUUUAGAUCUCAUCGGCACCGUUCCGGAGCACCUUACAUUCUACCUCAAGCGAGCCGUGAAUUUGGAGAAAAAACCCAGUACAAAGCCCAUCCUUCUCAAAAUCAUCAAGCAUUUCUACCCUGAAUACAAACCGCCCUCCGGCUACUCAAAGGGGAUUCUCAUCAAUUACUAUUCCAGCAAGGUGUACCCCCUCAUCCUAGCCUACCUUGAAACGCAAGAGGCAUCAGACCAAGACGAAGAGAAAGAUGACACCUCGGACAAUGCUGUGAUGAUGGACAACACCAAGCUCACCACACCUCGACUCAACCCGUACAAUAAUAGUAUCACCAUCGCCAUUGUCUUGAAAGCCAUCAAGCACCUACAUCCCAAAGUGAAGCUCCCCGAUACAAUGAAGAAAGACGCCGCCAUCGUAUUUUGGCACAAAUGGGUCUCGCCCCCGCCCGUUGGUGGCUAUCCGGCCCCUUUCACCACGUUCCCAAAGGUGGUUCCGGCCCCGUUCCAUGUUUCUCUUACCAGGGAUCAACUCCGAUAUGCCUUACAAUGCCAUUUUCCUCGGCUGUAUACUCAGAUUAUCUCAGACAAAGACGUCCUGAUUGCACUUUACGAAAUGUUUGUCCUUGAAGAUAUUGCGUCCAAAGUACUCUACAAAGGUAUCGAUUAUCAUAUCCGAGAAGACCCCGCCUCUUUAGCGCCACAACCAGCCGCCUCAGCUCAAAGAAAACAGACUUAUCUCGAGACGACCCCGCCUCUUUAG